UCAGCGAGAAGACGCAGGAGCUUGGAAAAUUGAUUCCGGGGGGGAACAGAAUGAACACUGCUGAGAUGUUUCAGGCUGCAUUUAAGUAUGUUAAGUUCCUGCAGGCUCAAGUUGGGAUUCUUAGUCUUAUUAUGGGAUCGACGCAGGCUGAUGGAGAUGGUUCGAUGGAGGUGGCGGGAGAUAUUGAAGUGCUGCUGAAAUCACAAGUUGUGCAAGAGAAGUUGUUGGGUGAGGGGAAAUGUAUAGUUCCAAAGGAAAUGGUUGAUGCAUUGACUAAGGAUACUGAGGUCAGAUCAAGCCCUUUUAUCUCCAGGGAUCUUAAUCGCUUUGCUGGGGAAUUAAAUGAAAAUUGAAGUGAAGCAGUGUACAUGUGAUCAAUCUCAUACAGUUUUUUUGUUGUAUGAUUGGUCAAUAGGUAGACAGUAGGUAGAUAUAGAUCGAUCGUUUUUAUUCUCAAGUGAUAGAUAGGUUUAUUUAUUUCUUUUGUAGUCUUUUAAUAUUAGUUUUCAAUAGUUUGUCAAGAUAGGCUCUAACCCAAGUAUAUUCCAAGGCGAUUUUAA